AUGAGUGAACACGUAUCUUUCGGGCACCAAUGGUACAACAAACUUUGUUCCAAAGAUAAACAAUAUCCUUGCCCUGAAGAAUAUCAGAUUAUCAUUCAAUUUGACAGGGAUAUGUUAUUUUAUUCUCCAAAGUACACCGGAGAAUUUCUGUUUCGGAAACUUUAUGAUGAUUCAAAAAAACCAUCAAGACCAUCAAGACCGCCAAAUGCUUUUUUUAUUUUUAGAACCGUACUUGGUUUGGUGGCGAAAGAUAUGCGUAUUUCUGUAGGUGAUGGGAUAACAUUUAGCCGAUUAGCCGGCUUUAUGUGGGGCGGUACUAAUGACGAAGAAAGAAAUAUAUAUCAUUCAUUAUCUGAUGAAAUUAAAAAAUUACAUGAUAGCAAAUAUCCUAAUUACAAAUACAAGCCUGAACGCGGCAUUUCGGUCCGAUACAACUUUUCAAAUAAAACUGCUAAAGAUUAUGAACAAGUACAAAUUCAAACACACGAUUCUUGGAUUAAUCUCAACUUUUUACAGCAAUUAAACUCCAACAUUCCGUCUAUUGCAGUAAACUGCCCUCAAGUGGUUGAAUAUGAUCCAAACAUGUCUCAAUCCGUUCGCCCACCUGAAUAUCCGAUUAUCAUCAGAGAUCCAUCCUCUCCUUCUUUACACAUGCUAGAAGGUGUUCAUAAUAUCAUGACCUUUACUGAUCUCAUUAAUUUAUUUACACCUAUUUGGGUUUAA